AUGUUUUCAUGGACUUGCGACCUGCUCAGGGUGUACCCCGCCACACCCACAAUCGUAGCUGGAUAUGGGCACCAGCCCAUUCACACCCAACUCAUCACAGAGAAGAGCACUAAGACGAGAGACUUGGACCCCCAGGAAUCUAAAGGACCUAAAGCUGUAAUCUCCAUAAAGGACCUGAACGCCACCUUCCAGCCUCAGAAAAUUGAUCAUCCUAACGGGCUGCAGAUCACCUUCCAGACAGCUGAUAAAACCAGGAACCUCUUUGUUUAUCACGAGAGUUCAGAGGAAAUAGUUGCGUGGUACAACGCCAUUCGAGCUGUGCGCUAUGCAUACCUGAAGACAGCCUACCCGACCGGUAGAGAUGAAGAGCUGGUGCCAAAGAUAACAAGAAACUUCCUUAAAGAGGGAUACAUGGAAAAGACAGGGCCGCUGCAAAAGGAGCCUUUCAAAAGGAGGUGGUUCAGUUUGGACUCGCAAAACAGGAAGUUGCUCUACUUCAAAAACCAACUGGAUGCUGAGGAGUUGGGGGUCAUUUUCAUCGGCACAGAGAGCAACAGUUACUCUGUUGAGACGUUUGUCCCCAAGCACGCUCGGAGGAACAAGUGGAAGUUUGGCAUCAGGGUGGAGACGCCUGAGCGUCCGUUCAUAUUAAUGUGUGAGCAGGAGAGGGAGCAGAGAGAGUGGGUGGACGCCCUGAAGAAGGUGCUGUCCAGGCCCAUGUCACCUCAGGAUAUUGCUGGUGAGCGAAGGCUCUGA